AACUUAAAAGAGUGGUUGGUACUGGUGUGGCCCUGUGCAUUCUUACUGGAACUCCUGUGGCUCAAGCUGUUUGUGGUCUAACGCCUAAGAACCGUAGCUUCAAUAGAGAUCUUAAGCCUGUGAGUUACACAGAACUGGGCUCAGUUUCUUCGAAUGGUUACCGCAGCUUAAUUUACCACCCCCCAAUUUCUGCAGAAAACAAGAUUUUAUUUGAUGAGAUGAGUGUGUCAGUGAAUAUCAGUUCCAUCUGAUGAGCAGGUCCUCCAAGGAUGGAUUUGCAAGUGUCAAGUUCAACCUAUACUUAUGACAUAGAUUAUGGUAUGUCAGAACCAUGCCAAAAAAUCAAUGUGAAACAAAGUGCAGCCCAGCUCCUGCCCCCACUCUACUCCCUGGUAUUCAUCUUUGGCUUUGUGGGCAACAUAUUGGUCGUCCUCAUCCUGAUAAGCUGCAAAAAGCUGAAGAGCAUGACGGACAUCUACCUGCUCAACCUGGCCAUCUCAGACCUGCUCUUCCUGCUCACUCUCCCAUUCUGGGCUCACUAUGCUGCGAACGAGUGGAUCUUCGGGGACGUCAUGUGCAAGUUAUUCACGGGGCUCUAUCACAUCGGUUAUUUUGGUGGAAUCUUCUUCAUCAUCCUCCUGACGGUUGAUAGGUACUUAGCUAUUGUCCAUGCUGUGUUUGCUCUCAAAGCCAGGACAGUUACCUUUGGGGUGUUGACAAGUGGAAUCACUUGGGUGGUGGCUGUGCUCGCCUCUCUCCCAGGAAUCAUCUUUACCAGAUCUCAAAAGGAAGAUUUCCACUAUACAUGCAGUCCUCAUUUUCCCAACAGUCAAUAUCAUUUCUGGAAGAGUUUCCAGACAUUAAAGAUGGUCCUCUUGAGCCUGGUCCUGCCCCUGCUGGUCAUGGUCAUCUGCUACUCGGGAAUCCUCCACACCCUGCUUCAUUGUAGGAAUGAGAAAAAGAGGCACAGGGCCGUGAGACUCAUCUUUGCCAUCAUGAUUGUCUAUUUCCUUUUCUGGACUCCCUACAACAUUGUCCUCCUCUUGACCACCUUCCAGGAGGCCUUUGGCUUGAAUAAUUGCAAUAGCUCUAGUAGACUGGACCAGGCCAUGCAGGUGACAGAGACUCUUGGGAUGACGCACUGCUGCAUCAACCCUAUCAUCUAUGCCUUUGUUGGAGAGAAGUUCCGGAGUUAUCUCUCUGUGUUCUUCCAAAAAUACAUAGCCAAACACCUCUGCAAACAGUGCCCCAUCUUCCAGCAAGACAAUCUUGAGCGUGUAAGCUCAGUCUAUACCCGAUCCUCUGGGGAGCUGGAAGUUUCCGCUGGGUUAUGACCUGGACAGAGUUGUGCGCAUCACUUAGCUAUUCUACAUAGCCUGGGGGUGGGAACGGUUCUUUUAAUAAAGAAGCUACAGUUAGAGAGGGCCCAAGAUCCAUCCAUGUAUUUGACAUCUGUUUUACAUUAUUUAGAUUGUUUUUUUUUAAGUCUACCAGUUCUAGAGAGUGGAAUCAAAGUGUUGAUAAGAGAGCAGCCCCUGGUCUCCUUUUCCCUUACUUCCAGUUAUUGGAAAAUUCUUCUUUUGUCACAAAAGUUCACUGUGAAAAGAUCCUCAGAAUUCCGGAUUCUUGAGCUUCAUUAUCUGAAUAGAAACAACACGAAUGAUGAAGUAUAUAUUGUAUAGUUUCUUCCCUGUACAAGGUAACAUUCAGGCUGUAAAUAUACUUAAAAUAGGACUUUGUCUUGCCUUGAGAGAAGAAUAUGACUAGUUAGGAAAUGGCUUGCUAAGAUAUGGCUAAUAAGUUCCAUAGACUUGCAGGACCAGGCGAGUGCUCUGUGGCUUGGGAGGGCUGGGCUUGUCUUUCUGAAAAGGUAUUUGAGUUGGAUCAUCUUUGGUGGAAGAGAGGGGAGUCAUACUCUGAGUGUCAUGAUUUCAUGAUCACAGCUUGGUUGGGAGAAGACCUGAGAUUAGUUUGGAAGACUGCAGGGAUGAAGAUCAAGGAAGGUCAUGAAGUACCAUGUUAGCAUUGCUCCUUCAAAACCAUAAGCAGACUGAGGAGCACCUGGCCAGGGUGUGGAAAGCUUAUUUCAUGGCUAAUCAUGCACUGGGAAUGGUGAGAAUUUAGGGCAAGGGGACAAACAGCAAUAGGUCAGGGUGAGAAUGGCCAUAAGGUCAGGGUGAGGAUGGCCAUGAGGUCAGAGUGAGGAUGGCCAUAAGGUCAGGGUGAGGAUGGGAAGUGAGGAUGUCAAUAAGGUCAGGGUGAGGAUGGCCUUUACUGAGAUCAAGUCGCCUGGGAUAAGCAGUGGGGAAGCACCACUUCUGUGUUUACAAUGUAAAGUUCAGUAGAAUUUGGGAUGAACUGGGAGUGGAAGUGAGCAAGAAUUCCUAGGCUCAAGCAGGUUGGAGGAGUCAUUGAGGAGCUAUCAAUACAAAAGGAGGUUAGAGGGAAACAGAGUUUGGUCUAGGAGGAUGAAUCUCAUUUUAUAUCCUGAGUGCAGAGUUGCACAGAGAGAUUGAAGGCUGGCUUUCCCUGAAUGUUCUAGCCUUCAGGCCAUCACUUCCUAAUCCCAGCUGUGAUCCUGAGGGUUACCCAGAUGACUGUGAAACACUGGGCUCGUGAAUCCUGAGGUCUAGGAACACGACAGACAUGAGAGUGUAGCUGAGGGUUUGCUUACAUAGUUAGAACCCAGAGGUUUAUAACCUUGAGCAGAGGCGAAGAAGUGAGGGAAGGCCAUCAGCUUUCUGUGUUUACUCAUCAGCAAAGUCAGGGGGUAACACAUCCCUCUGGAAACAAGUUACUUUACUGUGAGCUUCAGAAGCCAUUAAAGUGCAAUUACCAUCCUCUGUGUUCCAGGCUAAGUGUGAGGGCUUCAGGCUCUCUCUCCAGAUGCCUUCUCCACAUAAACCCACACAAACACUAAGGGAUUUAGUCCUUGCAGAAAGGUUCAGCCUUUUGUGGUAGUUUCUGUGGUUGUUACUUGUUUUAAUUUGGUAGCAGCUAAGGAAGGCCAUCGUAGCAAAGACUAAGGGAGCAAACAAAGGGGUGGAAGUCACUCAGAGGAUUGAAAUGUUUGAAAAAUAAGAGGUGCUAUUGUUUUUUUCUCAAGCUCUGUAUAUGAAACCAGAGGCUUGUGGCUGUCAGCAGGAAGUGUGUAAAUGGAAGUGCUUUUUCCUUUCCUGUGACCCACAUCUUCCCCUAACCCCUUGUAGACCAGACUGGCUGCAAACUCAUGAUCCUCCUGCUUCUAUCUUUCAAAUGCUGGAAUUACAGGUGUGCACUAUCAUGCCCAGCUGUAUGCGUAUAUUCUUAUAUGUAUAGAAACUUGCAAAUUCUUUGGAAGACAAUAGGAAUCUUAUAAAAAGCACUUUGUUAAAAAAAAAUAACUGUAUUCUUCUUCCAGAUAAAUGUUCACUUAGUAAAUAGCACAUACAAUUGUCAAAGUAUUUUAUAAGUAGCUUAUUUUGGAGAUCAUCCUUAAAUAGUACUUAUUUAAUUACAGUUCUUCGUUAAAUGGGGAAAGGAGUUGUAUUUCCUUUAAAAAAAAAUUUUUUUUGGGCAGGGGCUUUUUGAG